AUGAACGAUAACGACUACGACAAGCACUUCCGAUUGCUCAUCUGUGGCGGAAGUGGGACGGGAAAGGCCACUUUGCUUACAAGCUUUUCUUUCGAAGGACACGGCUCUGAGGGAACGACUGUACUGAAACUGUAUGGAGAAAAUAUUCGAAUUGAUGUACGAAUAAAGGAUAAGAGUUUUCAAUAUGCCAUGGAAGUUGUUCGAGACAUACAAGACUGCGAUUUUUUGCCAGUUGUACUGAUAGAGAAUAAGAUUGAUUUAAUAGAUAAUUACGACUUUUCCAACAAAGACGCUAUCGAAACUGCUGUAAGACAUGCGAGGAUGCGGUUGUACAGGUGAUU